CUCCAUAUUGGACCAAUCGCUGCCGGGGAUCACAUCGCUACCAACAUGAGUGCCGUAUAUCGUGGAGCCGGAGCCGUGAAGGACAAUGCAAUUACUGCCUCUCAACUUUUGAAUGGUCGGGUUGCGCUGAAGUUGAGUCGCGACGUUCCGAUAGCUAUCGCUCCCAAGAGGACACCACUACACUACACCUGCCCAGCAUUCUUUCGCCCUUGAAACUCGCAACCCCCAUCCAACGUCGGAGAUCAUGCCGACGCAGCACGACACUGGCACUGCACCACUGCUGCCUCUUGAGCAGACUCCUUCGCCCAUAGGCAUAGGAAGAAGGGAAUCCGAGGAAUCCGUCUCUUCCGCAUCCACCACAAGCUUGGUCUUUGAACGGAUUGGCGAGCGCGCCAACGCAGAAGCAGAAGCAGCAGCAGGCCACAACACCAUGGUCACUCCCAAAUUUUCCCCCAAGGGGCUAGGACUAUCUCGGAAUGAUUCACAGGCAUAUGCGGACGACGACCAGCCGGCGCGUCGGCCGUAUGAGGAGGAGGACAAGGAGGAAGACGACCUCGAGAGCGGCCCUUUCCUGCGCAAUGGCGCCACGUCCCAGACCAUCGACACCAAGCUCCGCCGGUUGAUCUGGAUUGUGGGCGGAGUGUUUGUGGGAGCCUGGCUCCUGGCCAUGGUGGUUUUUCUGGCUCGUCAGACCUAUCGACAUUCGUCCGACAUACCCCACGAUCCCGCGGCGACGGCUACGCGGGGCUCAGGGAAGAAGGUGACCUUGGACCAGGUGCAAAGCGGAAUAUGGACGGCUCGGAGUCACGACAUCAGCUGGAUCGAAGGGGCAAAUGGAGAGGAUGGCCUGCUGCUGGAGCAAGGUACUGCGGGCAAAGACUAUCUGGUGGUCGAGGAUAUUCGAGGAACGAGCGAGAAUGUUGCUGGUGCUCCUGCUGCACUUGCGACCAAGACCCUGAUGAAGCAAAGCAGUUUUGAAUAUGGCGGCAGAAAAUACUUUCCAUCCAAGGUUUUUCCUAGCGAGAAUUUGAAAAAGGUUCUUAUUGCGACCAACAUUGAGCAGAAUUGGCGCCACUCCUUCUAUGCCACAUAUUUUAUAUUCGAUGUCGACACCCAGACUGUCGACGCACUCGACCCCGCGAAGCCCAACGACAGGAUCCAGCUGGCAAGUUGGAGUCCGCAGAGCGAUGCCGUGGUUUUCACAAGAGAAAACAAUCUCUAUCUGCGAAAGUUGUCUUCCAAGACUGUCACCCAGAUCACGAAAGAUGGUGGACCAGAUUUAUUCUACGGUGUGCCAGAUUGGGUUUAUGAAGAGGAAGUUUUCGCAGGCAAUAGCGCUACAUGGUGGGCGAAUGAUGGCAAAUACAUUGCUUUCCUACGUACAAACGAAUCUAGGGUGCCUGAAUAUCCCGUCCAGUAUUUUCUUAAAAGGCCUAGUGGAACAAAGCCGGAAGCCGGGCUUGAGAAUUACCCAGAGGUUCGAGAGAUCAAAUAUCCCAAGGCUGGUGCACCAAAUCCUACUGUCGAUCUUCAAUUUUUCGAUAUUGCCAAAGGAGAUGUCUUUGAAGUAAAUAUCGCAGAUGGAUUUGGUCCCGAUGACCUGCUUAUCACUGAAGUAAUCUGGUCCGGAUCCAAUGAAGCUCUCAUCCGUGAGACAAAUCGGGAAAGUGACAUCUUGCGAGUUGUCCUUGUUAAUGCGGAAUCUCGGUCUGGAAAAACGGUUCGAACUCGAGAUGUGCAAAAGCUCGAUGGUGGCUGGUUUGAGGUUUCCCACACCACAAAGUUCAUCCCUGCGGAUCCUGCCAACGGUCGGCCUCAAGAUGGCUACAUUGAUACUGUGAUUCACGAAAAUUAUGAUCAUCUAGGCUAUUUCACCCCGUUGGAUAAUCCCGAGCCAUUGAUGAUCACGUCUGGCAAUUGGGAGGUCGUAGAUGCUCCUUCUGCCAUUGACUUGAAAAAUAAUCUCGUUUACUUUGUAGCAACUAAAGCCUCGUCGAUUCAACGACACGUUUAUAGCGUGAAGCUAGAUGGCACCAAUAUUCAGUCCGUGACAGACGACGGGCGAGACGGAUAUUACGAGGCGAAGUUCUCUAGCGGUGCAGGAUACGCUCUUGUGAGUUACAGUGGGCCAGAUAUUCCCUGGCAAAAAGUCAUUAGUACUCCAAGCAACCCCAACCAUUAUGAGAACGUCGUCGAAGAGAACCGUGGUCUGGCGGAUAUGGCUAAGAAGCAUGAACUCCCAAUUGAGAUUUAUUCCACUGUAACUAUUGAUGGGUUCGAGUUAAAUGUGGUUGAGCGACGACCACCUCAUUUCAACGAGAAGAAAAAAUACCCUGUUCUCUUUCAACUCUACGGGGGGCCUGGGUCCCAAACGGUUAAGAAGACUUUCAAGGUCGACUUUCAAUCGUACGUCGCUGCAAACCUUGGGUACAUUGUUGUUACAGUCGAUGGCCGCGGCACAGGAUUCAUUGGGAGGAAAGCUCGAACAAUAAUCCGGGGCAAUAUUGGAUAUUAUGAAGUCCGUGAUCAAAUUGAGACUGCGAAGAUAUGGGGAGCGAAGAAAUAUGUUGAUAAAUCAAGAAUUGCAAUCUGGGGAUGGUCCUAUGGCGGAUUCUUGACACUCAAGGCCCUCGAACAAGAUGGUGGGAAAACUUUCUCGUAUGGUAUGGCGGUCGCCCCCGUAACGGAUUGGCGCUUCUACGAUUCGAUUUAUACUGAGCGAUAUAUGCAUACCCCGCAGCAUAAUCCCGGCGGCUAUGAUAAUUCGUCCAUAAGCGACAUGAAAAGUCUGCAACAAAACGUCAAGUUCCUAAUAAUGCAUGGUGUUGCAGACGACAAUGUUCAUAUGCAAAAUUCGCUAAUACUUCUUGAUAAGCUGGAUAUGGCCGGCGUUGAGAAUUACGACGUACACGUUUUCCCAGAUAGCGAUCACGGAAUUUAUUUCCAUAAUGCGAACAGAAUUGUUUAUGAUAGUAAGUCACAGUGUAGUUUAACAGAGAGAUAACCACUAAUGCUGCCUCAGAACUAAGCAAUUGGCUCAUCAAUGCAUUUAAUGGAGAAUGGCUACGCACAGCGAAUGCAGUUCCAAUGAAGAUUGAUGCAGCUGAAUGAAAGCGAGUGUAGAAGCAUUGUUUCAACUAUUGUAGAAGUAUAAAUUAAGGCUCAGAGGCGUUUCCUGGAUAUUUUAGCAUAGUCUGCGAAUUGGCGUAUCACGAGGCGUAUAGGACCUAGGUUGUUUACAUCAUCCACAAGAGAAAAUGAUUUUAGUAUAGCCUGCUUCGGCGGUGUUCAG